AUACAUGUUAAAAAAACAUUAAAACAUCUUACCGAUCCCAAACUUAAGAAUGCAAGCGCUGUCAGACCCCACAGCUGCAAGCCAGUCAACAUUUAGCAACCAGAUGCCAGCACAUUAACCUACAAUCGAUCUGAAACCACGCUACGCAGCUACGCAGUUCCGGUUAAACGUCAAAGUCGGGCUGUAUUUUAGCAGCAGGACACAGACCGCACUGACUGGUCUCAAACAGAAGCGGACCCUUCCAGGGAACAGGCUACAAAAAUGUCUUUCAUAUUUGAUUGGCUGUACAGAGGAUUCAACAGUGUGUUACAAUUAUUAGGACUCUAUAAAAAGUCUGGGAAAUUAGUUUUUCUUGGAUUAGACAAUGCCGGAAAAACAACAUUAUUGCACAUGCUUAAAGAUGAUCGACUUGGACAACAUGUCCCAACACUUCACCCUACAUCUGAAGAACUGACUAUUGCGGGGAUGACUUUCACAACAUUUGACUUGGGUGGUCAUGCUCAAGCAAGAAGGGUUUGGAGGAAUUAUCUUCCGGCAAUAAACGGGAUAGUGUAUCUUGUUGACUGUGCUGAUCAUGAACGCCUCCUAGAAGCCAAAACUGAGUUGGAUGCCCUCUUAACUGAUGAAACCAUCUCCAAUGUGCCAAUCCUUAUUUUGGGGAAUAAAAUCGACCGUCCAGAAGCAAUUAGUGAAGACAUGCUAAGAGGAAUGUUUGGUCUUCACGGACACACCACAGGAAAGGGGAAUGUAUCACUGAAAGAACACAACCUGAGGCCAAUGGAAGUCUUUAUGUGCAGUGUGUUGAAGAGACAAGGAUAUGGAGAAGGUUUUCGAUGGCUUUCAGAGUAUAUUGAUUAACUUAUUUAAUGUUUAUUCAUUUGAAACCCAUGUAUCUUUAUUUAAUAAUUGAUUAUUUAUCUUGUAAUGAAACUAAUAACCAGGGGUGUUUGCUUUAACAGUUGACUGAGUUGGGUUAUUUUAAGAGAUGGCAUCCAAAACACUUUUUUUUUAAAUCCAGUGUCAAUUUUAUACCAUGUGAAAAGUAAACAUAUCACUGAACGUUUGAAUCAAGGACUUUUAAUCAGGGGAAUUUCACUUGUGCUGUGAAAUUCUGAUGUGAAAUCAUCAGAUGAUACAGAAUCAGUGUUUUUGUUUUCAUGUUACCUUACCUCAGUGCCUUAAUGUUGGUAGUUUUUCCUAGUUCUGUAUUUCCCAGUUCAAAAGAAAAACUUCUCAAGUGAUUUGGUGUGGAUUGCCAAUGUAUACAUGCUUGCUUAUCAAAAGUACUGAGAUUUAAAAUUAAAUAUUUAUAUCUAAUAUUUAAAAGUACAAGUUAGAUUUAUAUGUUGUAUUUUGAUACUUUUAAGACGGUGCUUAUGUAGCACUCAGUGCCAGUGAUGUGUCUACAUUAGCCUGUUUCAACACUAAACUACCUGGCUGUGCAAUGAGUACUUUUUGACUGUCAUCUGUGACUUAUUUGCAGUUAUGGCACGAGAGUACAUAGGCUUUUUAAAUUCAUAGAAUAGGCCUGUGCAAUAGAAAAAUGUGUCACAUUACUAGGUCACUUUACCCUUAUAGGCUUAUGUGAAAGGUUUGGGAUUUUCAAUGCUGCUUAUCUUUUGAAAUGGCUAAGCCCCUUGUAGCAUUUAUGCACUGAAGUAAGCAAUAAAAAUAAUAAAAAUUG